AUGGCCUCCUGUCUGUACGAAUGCCUCUGUGAGGCGGAACUCCAAAAAUAUUACCCGCAUUUUACCGCCCUCGGCUUCCAGAAGAUCGACGAACUUGCCAAGGUCUCCAUGAAGGAUUACAGCAAACUUGGGGUUCAUAACAUGAAGGACCGGAAGCGCCUCUUCCAGCUCAUUCGAAUCAUCAAGAUGCUGCAGGCCGAAGAGGAAGCGGUCAGGAAAAAACAGGAAGUAUUCCAGAAAAGUGCCCGCUGCCGCCUGCGACCCCAGCUCACUCGAUCUGGCCCACGGAGACAACUCCAUUUUGAUUCCGAGGGAAAAGACGAACAAAAAGAGUUGGAAUCUUUAUCUCCCAAUUCUUCCAGUGAGGGUAAAGAGGAAGCCGCGGUGGUGUUUGGCCGUGAUUCGGUCCACAAAAGACCCGGGAAGGACUGUUUAAAAGCACCUGCAAGCUGGACAGAGGACCCGCUGGUGGUUCCAACUCCAGGUUCAUCUAAUGAUGUUCUAGGAGAUGCUGACAUUUCCUUUGUGCAGAGAGUAGCUCAUAUCUCAGGCUACAAUUACGGAGUGCCUCACUCCUACACCAGAACGCCUGCUGGUGAGAAAGAGGCCCCGUGGAUCGAAACGGACAAGAUCCGCGUCUGUGUGCGAAAACGGCCCCUGGGUUUGCGAGAAGAGAGGCGCGGAGAAGUGAACAUCCUCACGGUGGAAGACCAGGAAACGCUUUUGCUCCACGAGAAGAAAGAGGCCGUUGACCUCACGCAGUACAUCUUGCAGCACGUGUUUUAUUUCGACGAAGUCUUUGGGGAGUCCUGUUCCAAUCAAGACGUGUACCUGAAGACGGCCCAUCCUCUGAUUCAACAUGUAUUGAAUGGAGGCAAUGCCACCUGCUUUGCGUACGGACAGACCGGGGCAGGGAAAACAUACACCAUGUUUGGUACUCAUAAAACGCCCGGCCUCUAUGCCUUGGCCGCUAAAGAGAUCUUCAAGCAACUGGAAACAACUCAGGCUAGGAAAGAUCUCCAUGUCUGGAUCAGCUUUUAUGAGAUCUACUGUGGGCAGCUUUAUGAUCUGCUAAACGGAAGAAAGAGGCUGUUUGCAAGGGAAGAUAGUAAACAUGUUGUACAAAUAGUUGGGCUGCGCGAAGUCCAUGUGAACACAGUCAACUUGCUCCUGGAGGUUAUUCUGAAAGGAGGGAAGGAGCGCAGCACAGGAGCGACUGGCGUCAACUCUGAUUCUUCCCGGUCCCAUGCCGUCAUCCAGAUUCAAAUGAAAGACCCCACACACCGAGUCUUUGGGAGAAUCUCGUUUAUUGACCUGGCUGGCAGCGAGAGGGCAGCGGAUGCCAAAGACUCUGACCGGCAGACGAAAAUGGAAGGAGCAGAGAUCAAUCAGAGUCUUCUAGCGGGUCGUCCAGCUUUCAUGAACCUCGUGACCAUCUGGCUUGGACCGAUUCCUCCUCAAGCUACACCUCCUCCAGCCAGUCUGCUUCACCUUGAACCCAGUGUGGCCAAGGAGGGGCUGCUUUCAGGGGUAAAAGAGCUGAAGAGAGGGAUGAAAUCUUGCACCCCUAUUGUCAACAGACCCCGAGCAGCAGGACACACGUCCCCUAAGCGUAUCCAGAAUUCUCCUUACGUCCAAGUUGGAGGGAAAAGCUCUCCCAAAAAAGUCAAGCUGGCGAUGCACCCCCCUCUGAUGCCGACCCCCUUGUCCAAGACGAAGACCCCUUUGCUGCUUCAGCCAGCUCACCACCUUCCGUUCUCCUCCACUCCGAAGGGACAGGGGCGCAAAGAACCUCUGGGAGCCCCGUGGCCCAGUUGCGCCGGCGCAGAAAGAGGGAACCCGAAGACGGAGGCGUCAUCCAAGUUGCUGGCGGAGGAACCCGCGGUCACGUCCGAGAAAAGUCGCUUCAGGAAGGACUCGGGGGCCAGGAGAGAAGGUGGCCAGGAGGACAGGCAGAGGGUGGGGUGUCCGAAAGUCGAUCCGGUGCAGAAGCAACUGGUUUCCAGGGCUGAUUUUUCCCACCAUGGCUCGGAUCACGAGGAAGAUCCCGGGAGACCCUUUGCGGAUCAGUGCGUGGCAGCCUGGACGGGCGCGUCCUCCCAACAGAAAGACCGAGAGCAGCACCUGCGGCUUUAUCACCAGCAGUUCCAGCAGCCUCCUCUCCACCAGCAGAAAUUAAACUACCAGCCCUUGGAAAAGUUUUUAGCUCGGUACAAGUCCCAGGAGGUCCAAGUGAGGCCGGAGGCCCCAUGCCCUGACUCCGUGUCCCCUCAGGGCCGGGACGAAACCAUGCAGCUCGAGGAAUUGGACGACAGCGACUUCAGCGAGGACUCUUUCUCUCCCGGCCCCGGUCGGAAGAAGGUGGAGAGGGAAGCUCGAAAGCAAAGCAGCCAGAACUCUUUUUUCCUCCAUCGGAGAGAUUUCGGGCUCCAAGAACGGGACGGAGAAGACGAGCAGGAGCUGUUUUGUCAAUGGUACGCGUUUGAGACGGGACGAAGAGCGCUACCGAGCGAGGAAGAGUCCGGUAGCUACGAGGAAGGCGGUAGAAGUUUGUGUGAUUGGAGCUCAGGAGAAAUAUUGGCAGCGGGUUCCUCACCUCACAGGGGUGUCCCGGAGAAACCUUAUUGCUCGAAGGAAGGUGAGAAGAUAAACCCUCAAGAAUCGCCCGUGGAGCAGAAGCCGCCGAGAUGCUCGGAUCCGUCGAUGCUCGGUUGCCCCGAUGGACACUUCUCCCCGCCAAGGAAGAGAACGCAAAGCCCGCCUCUCGCUGCCAUUUUGCCAUCUUUCCUCCCCAAAGGAACAGGCUUUCGCGGAGCUUUAGACUUUCCCAUGGGCCCGGCUGAUGACGCGAUGACACCUCUGUCCGCCUCCUUCCUGAACUUGGGACCAGCAGAGAGCAAGGGGAAGAAGAGGAUUGACGAAGAGGACGUCUUUGGGCCCAGCGGGUGCUGGGAGGAAGACACCGGGCACGCUGCGUCCAGCGUCUACGAGAUAAAUUGCUGGGGUAGAAAAACCGAGCCGGGUCUUUCUCCGGGGGUCAAAUGCCAGCGGCUUCCUCAGUCUUGUGGCUGUCCGGGCGAAGCUGCCAUCUUGGAAGCCACAUCGGCGUUUGGUGAAUGUAUCUGUGGCUACACUAGUGAAAGUCCUGUGGACGAACUCCUCCCUCGGCACACGGAGGAAAGGGCCUCGCUUGGCGGUGACCUACAAGCAAGUGAAUAUUCAACCCUCCGCGACUCCGAUCUCGAAGUGGCAAAGAUUGCCGUUUCGUGGAGCUAUUCAGACCAUCUGGGUUUGCGGGGAAAAGAGAGCCCUGAGCCUUUGGCUCCCGUUAGUCCUGUUGAUAAGGGAGGGAUACCUUCCCCCCCGAAUGCUUUGCCCAGUUCUGAGAAUGCAGGGAAGGAACAGCUCUCAGAACGAAGCCCCCCGUCACGCUCGGAGUUGUCCCCCUGGACAGUGGAGCUGCGGCGUUCGGAAGAAGCCCGCGGGAAGGAAGACGCCCAGGAUACGCACAGUGGUGAGGACACAGAGCAGGACUCGAGGGCUGAAUCCAAGGGGACGGUGGCUGAAACUGCAAAGAACUUGUGGAAGGCUUGUGGGCCGAUGGAGUUGGCUGAAGGUGGCCUGAAGGAGAAGGACGUGCUGGGAAGGCAGCUGGUUCUUCAAACCCAUCAGGAGCAGCUGGAGGAAAUGGCCGCCCUGUCUUCUCGGGAGGAAAGCUUGAUGGGCAUGAUGUCAGAUUUGGAAUUUGAGGACUGUCUGACGAAGCUGGACGAAAUCCUGAGCCUGAAGGCCGAAUGCAUCCGCAGGGCACGAAGCCGGCUGCAGCUCUGCUUUGCUCCUCCCUCGAGUGGCACCCCGCUGCUACCAGUUUCCUCCACCUAG